AGGUCCUGGAUGAGCAUGGGAAUGUGAAAUUCUGCAUCGAUGCCAGCCAGCCAGAUGUGGGCAAUUGGCUCAAAUUUAUAAAGUUUGCUGGGUACUGCAAUCAAGCCAAUCUGGUCGCCUGCCAGCUAAAUGACCAGAUAUAUUACAGAGCUGUAGCUGACAUUGAUCCAGGAGAAGAACUCCUUUUGUUCAUGAAGAGUGAAGAUUAUUCCUAUGCAAGAAUGGCUCCAGAUAUCCAUGAGGAGCGCCAGUAUCGUUGUGAAGAGUGUGAUCAACUGUUUGAGUCCAAAACAGAGCUGAGCGAUCACCAGAAAUACCCCUGUGUUACACCCCACUCAGCCUUUUCAUUAGUGGAGAACAGCUUUCCUCCAAGCCUAAAUGAUGACAGUGACCUCACAGAGAUGCAGCAUACCCACGAGUGCAAAGAAUGUGACCAAGUUUUUCCAGACAUGCAAAGCCUGGAGAAGCAUUUGCUGUCCCAUACAGAGGAGAGAGAGUACAAAUGUGAUCAGUGUCCUAAGGCCUUUAACUGGAAGUCCAACCUAAUUCGCCAUCAGAUGUCACAUGAUACAGGGAAGCACUAUGAAUGUGAAAACUGUUCCAAGCAGGUUUUCACAGAUCCUAGCAACCUCCAAAGGCACAUAAGGUCUCAGCAUGUUGGAGCCCGUGCGCAUGCUUGUUCUGACUGCGGCAAAACCUUUGCUACAUCAUCGGGUCUCAAGCAACACAAGCACAUCCACAGCAGUGUCAAGCCCUUUGUAUGUGAAGUCUGCCAUAAGUCAUAUACUCAGUUCUCCAAUCUCUGUCGACACAAGCGCAUGCAUGCAGAUUGCAGGACUCAGAUCAAAUGCAAAGACUGUGGGCAAAUGUUCAGCACCACAUCAUCACUUAAUAAGCACAGGAGGUUUUGUGAGGGGAAAAAUCAUUUUGCUGCAGGAGGACUGUUUGGGCAAGGCAUUUCUCUUCCUGGAACCCCAGCCAUGGACAAAGCUUCUAUGAUUAGUAUGAACCACGCAAAUGCUGGCCUUGCGGACUAUUUUGGUGCUAGUCGGCAUACUGCUGGUCUCACAUUCCCAACAGCUCCUGGAUUUCCUUUCAGUUUUCCUGGUCUGUUUCCAUCAAGUCUUUACCACCGACCCCCUUUUAUACCUCCUGCUUCACCGGUGAAAGGGCUUCCAGGUGUUGAACAGAGCAGCAAGAGCCAGAGUCCCCAUGUGAACCAGCCUCAGGUAUUACCAGCUACACAGGACAUUUUAAAAGCACUAAGUAAGCACCCAUCUGUAGAUGAAAAUAAGGCUCUGGAGUUCAUAACAGAGAGUAAUCUGAACCAGAGACCACAUGAAAAGAUAAGCGACCACUCAGAGAGUAGUGACCUUGAUGAUGUCAGUACUCCGAGUGGGAGUGACUUGGAGACAACCUCUGGUUCUGACCUUGAAAGUGACAUUGAAAGUGAUAAAGACAAACUGAAAGAAAAUGGUAAACUAUAUAAAGACAAAAUGAGCCCUUUACAGAGCCUAGCUGCACUAAAUAGUAAAAGGGAAUACAAUAAUCAUUCUGUUUUUUCACCAUGCUUAGAGGAACAGACUGCUGUGACAGGGGCAGUGAAUGACUCUAUUAAAGCUAUUGCUUCCAUUGCUGAGAAGUACUUUGGUUCAACAGGACUGGUAGGGUUGCCAGAUAAAAAAGGCACUACAUUACCUUACCCAUCUAUGUUCCCCCUUCCAUUUUUCCCAGCAUUCUCUCAGUCAAUGUAUACAUUCCCUGACAGAGAUGUAAGACCAGUACCUUUAAAAAUAGAACCAGAAUCUCCAAAAGAAACUAAGAAAGUGCAAAAGGGGAAAACAGAAUCACCCUUUGAUCUUACUACCAAACGUAAAGAGGAAAAAGCUAGCCCAAAUGUGCCCUCAAAAUCUGGUGCUCCUACAUCUUCAAACCACGAUCAGCCUUUGGACUUAAGCAUGGGCAGCAGAAGCCGGGCCGCUACCACAAAACAGACAGAACCCAGAAAAAAUCAUAUCUUUAAUGAGAAAAAAGACAUGGACCCAGAACUACCAAAAACAUCUGAGCACUGCUUACAACAUGCAAGACCUGCACCGUUCUUUAUGGAUCCUAUUUAUAGGGUAGAAAAGAGAAAACCAAUGGAUCCUCUGGAAAUUCUAAAGGAAAAAUAUUUGAGGCCAUCCCCAGGGUUUUUAUUUCAUCCACAGUUCCCCAUGCCAGACCAGCGAACUUGGAUGUCAGCAAUAGAAAACAUGGCAGAAAAACUGGAGAGUUUCAAUGCCCUCAAACCAGAAGCCAACAACCUUAUACAGUCUGUUCCUUCUAUGUUCAAUUUUCGAGCUUCAUCAAGUGCCCUACCUGAGAAUCUUCUUCGGAAGGGAAAAGAGCGCUAUACUUGCAGGUACUGUGGAAAGAUUUUUCCUAGAUCUGCAAACCUUACUCGGCAUCUACGGACUCACACUGGAGAGCAGCCUUAUCGAUGCAAAUACUGUGAUCGUUCGUUCAGUAUAUCUUCGAACUUGCAAAGGCACGUCCGCAAUAUCCACAACAAGGAGAAGCCGUUUAAAUGCCACCUGUGUGACAGAUGUUUUGGUCAACAAACCAACUUGGACAGACAUUUAAAAAAGCACGAGAAUGGAAACUUAUCUGGUACUGCAGCAUCUUCUCCCCAUUCGGAAAUAGAAGGCACAGGCCCAAUCUUAGAUGAAAAAGAAGAUUCUUACUUUAAUGAAAUACGGAAUUUUAUAGGGAACAGCAGCCACAAUAAGCAGUCCCCUUUAAAUUCAGAUGAAAGAAUAAAUGGCAGCCACGACAAAAUUAUGCUCGCUGGUCAGAAUUCAGACAUACUGGAUGAUGAUGAAGAUGAAGCAAUCCUUGAUGAAGAUGAUGAAGAAAGUGACAUUGCUGUUAAAGUGAUGAAGGAACCCAAUACAAGUGUCAUGCUGGAAAAAUGCUCUGUGGAUGAAUGCGAAGAAGGAGGUAAAUCUGAAGUCAACAGCAAAGUUUCGCCCAGCAGGUAUGAUGAUGAAGAUGACGACGAUGAUGAAGAAGAAGAUUUCAAGAAAAGUCUCUCUGCAUUGGACCACAUCAGGCACUUCACAGACAGUCUGAAGAUGCGGAAAAUGGAUGAUGGGCAGUUUAAUGAUGCUGAGCUAUCGGCUUUCACUGCUUCCCACCUGACAGAUGACCUAAAGCAUCCAUUGUACAGAAAAUCAAAAUCACAGGCAUAUGCAAUGAUGCUGUCUCUGUCUGAUCAGGAAUCCCUCCACCCAACUACUCAUACUUCCUCCAGCAUGUGGCACAACUUAGCCAGAGCAGCUGCCGAAUCCACUGCACUCCACUCCGUGAGCCACGUAUGACAUUUAUCACAUGCCACAGAAUAGGACAAAGUCCAGCAAGUAGCAUGUCUCUUUCUUAAAUGACUAUUUAACAGAAAAAGAAAAGAAAGACUGCUGAGCAGGAUGCCUUAUUACCCUGCAGGGUCACAUUGAAAAGGCUUGUGACCGUAAAUGGAACUAUUUAUUCUCAUUGUAUUGUUUUGUUUUGCACAGCAAAGGCAGCUGCUGAUUUCUGGAGCAACAAAGAGCAAAAAAGAAAAAAAAAAACUAUUGACUUUGGUGGACAAGCAGUACAAUUGUGUUGAACUGACACAUAAAGCACUCAAAUAAGAAAAAAAAUAGAAUGAUUUUUUUUUUGUACACAGUGAUUUACCAGUUGCUUCAAUGUAGACAAUUUCUAUAACACAGCUUUGUGUAUCGAAACACUUUGAAGACAGACGUAGUUAUUUACACAUGUACAUUAUCACUAAAUGUAGAGAUAAAAAACAGGGAAUCAUUUGUUCUUUCCUUAAUGAUGUCUUACUUGCUUUGUGAAGCCCAGAAGGAAUUAUAUGUAUAUUGUGAAUCUUGCAAUGUCCAGUGCUCAACAAGAGGUGAAGUCAUUAAAGGGCCAUUUGAAUCACUGAUACCACUAAUAUGUCUUACAGUUCAAUGUUUGCCAAAUCAGUGUGUUGAUGUUAUAAUUUUAGACAAUCAUGUCAGUGUUUUGACUUUUCAUUUUUUGGGGGUCUGUUCCUGUAAUUUUUUUGGUUCUCUUGUAUUUAUUUCUUUUUUGUUAAAUUUAUUAUAGCACUAUUUCAUCACAUGUAUUUGUAAU